UUUGAAUUUGAAAUUGCACUUUAAUUCAGUUCCAUUCGAACUUCUGUGUCGUCGAGUCGAGUUGAAAUUGAAUUGCUCCCGUUGGAUAUAAUCUUACGAACGACUUUAUCGAAUUCAAUACGAAAUAAAAAAAAGAAAUAGUGGAUGUUUAUUUCUUUUUAUUGGUGGUGUUAGAAAUUAUUCCCACAAGAAUAAAAUUUUGAUCGUGUUGUUUAUUCUGCCAUAAAUUUUGGUUUUCUUGUUGAGUGGUUCAUAUCCUGUUUGUUUUUUUCUAGAUAAAUAGAUAUCCUUUUUGUAGACUCGGUAAAAAAAACAUAUCCUGUGAAUUAAGGGUCAAAGAUACUUUGUCAAUGUCCCCAAAACAGAUGUUUAGUAUCAAAUUACUGAAAUAGUGAAAACGAAGAAAUAGAAUUACUGGAAGAUCCUUUUAUUCAAAGGAUUAUUGUGGUUGCUUUGCGGGAGUGCAAUCAGUAUUGUUAGUGUAUCGAAUUACAUCGUUUUGAGUUGAAUAUUUAUAAAUAAAAAUACAAAAUUCAAGUGGAUACAAAAAUAAUUCGGAGAAAGGAUUUUAGAACACACACAUUCAAUUGUUUAAAAGGAAUACAAUUUUUAUCUUUUCUGUUAAGUGUGUAAUGCAAAUGAUUUGAAAUGGAUUCUGGCAGUGUUAUGAGUGAACCCAUAACAACUCAUCAUCGAUCAUAUGGCAAACAAAAAUCAGCAUCAAUGACAAUACUAUCACAAAAAAACUACAAUAACUAUUCCAAGCAUGCAGCGCAGGACAAAGACAGUUUGGAGGCAAAGAUGUCCAACCUUGAGAUCUCAUUAAGUUCAUCGAACCAAUUGAAUAACCGAAGAAGAAAAGGAUCAUCACUAGGUGGCGCCCUAUCAUCGCGAUCUGCUCGAACUGAAGCGAAAGAGCUGCGCUCUGCUUUGCAAGAUCGCGAAGCUGUAAUACAAAACUUGAGAAUUCAAUUAUGUUUGGGAAAACUACCGCGUCCAUCAGGACCACCACUAGAAGACUCAGAAAAACCAGCAGCAGAACAAAAGCUAUUACGCCUAAAAGCUGAUGCAGAAAACAAAAGAAUAGCUAUUCGAAAUCUGAAGACAGCACUUGACAAAUUAGAUAUUACAGAUAACAUUGAUAUACGAAUAAGACAAGCUGAGCUUGAGUAUGCUUUGGGUCGGGAGGAGCUUCAACUACUGUCGAUUGUUGAAGAAGCAAGGGCCUUACAAACGCGACUAGACAAAUCAAAACCAGAGUUGAACUCGUUGUAUAGCCUUGUUACGUCUGGAAUUAAUCUUUGUCUGCAUGCUGUUCAAGCGACAGUUGGUCGUUGGGAUGCCCAAGUCAAACCUGAAGCACCAGGUCUCUAUGUUGAUUGGGCACUCGAAGGUGAGGGCCUCUAUAAAGGUGACCGACUUCUGGAAGUUAAUGGAAAACUCGUCACCUGCAGAUCAAAGGAAGAGUUGCAAAAGCUAAUUGGAAUUUCUGGUGAAUGCCAAUUGGUAGUAUUACGCAAGAAGGCUACUACCAUUCCACAAAAACAACUCGAUCAGCAAAAAGAAGAUAAUUUACGUCUUCAGCAUAGAAUCUCAUAUCUAGAAGAACAGGUCAAAGAAUUACAACAUACAAAAGAGCAGUCCACGAAUGGUACAACUUCGGGACAUGUCACCAGUAUUAGCAUAUCAUCACCGCCAUCAACGCCUCCUGAAAAACCGUUAGUAUUCCAAAGAGGCAAUUACAUUACCACGUUAGUUGGUGGCAAGCCCAUCGAAAUUAUAGGAACACCGCAAAAUGGUUUGACUCAUGUUACCAAGACAAUGAUCAAAGAGUCGAAACAUGAGAGAGAACGCAGUAGUGUUGGUGGUUAUUUGCCCACGAAAUCACUAUCUGCAUCGAAAAUAUCAAUAAACAGUGAUUCGCAUGCUUAUUCUAUGCAAAAGAAGGAGAAGGAACGCAAGGAUCGCUAUGGAGGAGAUAGAUCUCUGCAGCGACCGAGUCGAUUAAGUGAACAGCAUAGAAGCAAUUUACAUGCCAGAAGUGUGGAGCACUUAAAUCAUUAUAGUGGCCACGAAAGACGAAGGGAAAUGCAUAAAUCAGAAAGCGCACGCAAGCAUUCCAACGAUUCAAGAAGUGUUAAAAGCUUGGAUUUCGAUAGUAAUGAAAAUGAAAUGAAAAAAUCCCACAAAACAGAUAGUUCAUCUGACAUCCGAAUCCGCCCAACACCUCCAAAGAAACCACUAAGACUUUCCCUACAACGAGCCCAGAGUCUUCAAACUGUCGAGCUAAAUCCAAAUAGUGAUGCCGAUAAAAAACGAUCUCUCAAACGAGCCCAUUUCACAGAAAAAUCGCAGGAGGCAAUUCUCAUCGAGAAUUGCACUCCCUUGCAGACUUCAUCACUAGGACGUCAAAAGCAUAACAUUUGAAAAUUACUGAAUGUUCUUUUCAAGAAAAACGAUGAAAAACCAAAUUGAUUUAUUGAUUGAAUGAGAAGGACAUAAUAGAAUUUAAAAGCUUUGCUUGACUUAUUUUUUUUUUUAAAUAACCAAAAUACUUUGUAUAGAUAGACAUUAAGUUAAGGAUUUUAAAUAUUGGUGGUUUAUUGUUAGGUAAACACUAAAAAUGUACAUAUUAUAAUUUUUAUACAGGAGGAAAUGUGCAAAUUAUUAUUGGAGCUAGUUAGAUUAAUUUUAGAUUUUAAUAAAGUAUUUUUAAGAUUCUUACAAUGU